UCCUCCGGGAGCAGCAUGGCCGCAGGAGUCGCCGCCUGGCUCCCGUUCGCCCGCGCCGCGGCCAUCGGUUGGAUGCCGGUGGCCGCGGCGCCGAUGCCGGUGCCGCCAGAGGAGACGCGGCGCGGCCAGGACGCGCUGAUCGUCCUGAACGUCAGCGGCACAAAGUUCCAGACGUGGCGGGCCACGCUGGAGCGGUACCCGGACACCCUGCUGGGCAGCUCGGAGCGGGACUUCUUCUUCCACCAGGACCGCAACGAGUUCUUCUUCGACCGCGACCCGGACAUCUUCCGCCACAUCCUCAACUUCUACCGCACCGGGAAGCUGCACUACCCGCGGCAGGAGUGCAUCUCCGCUUAUGACGAGGAGCUGUCGUUCUUCGGCAUCAUCCCGGAGAUCAUCGGGGACUGCUGCUACGAGGACUACAAGGACCGGCGGAGGGAGAACCAGGAGCGCAUCCAGGACGACGAGGACAUGGACACCAACAACGAGCCGGUGCCUGCGGACAUGAGCCUCCGGGAGAGCAUGUGGCGGGCCUUCGAGAACCCGCACACCUCCACCAUGGCGCUGGUCUUCUACUACGUCACCGGCUUCUUCAUUGCGGUGUCGGUUCUGGCGAACGUGGCGGAGACGGUGCCGUGCGGUGCCGCGUCCAACCGCGUCAAGGUGACGUCCUGCGGGGAGCGGUACGCGCUGGCCUUCUUCUGCCUGGACACCGCAUGCGUCAUGAUCUUCACGGUGGAGUACCUACUGCGCAUGCUCGCCGCGCCGAGCCGCUACAAGUUCGUGAAGAGCGUGAUGUCGGUGAUCGACGUGGUGGCCAUCAUGCCCUACUACAUCGGCCUGGUGAUGACGGACAACGAGGACGUGAGCGGAGCCUUCGUCACGCUGCGGGUCUUCAGGGUCUUCCGGAUUUUCAAGUUCUCGCGACACUCUGCGGGACUUCGUAUCCUCGGCUACACGCUAAAGAGCUGCGCCUCGGAGCUGGGCUUCCUGCUCUUCUCCCUCACCAUGGCCAUCAUCAUCUUCGCCACCGUCAUGUUCUACGCCGAGAAGGGUUCCUCCGCCACCAAGUUCACCUCCAUCCCCACCGCCUUCUGGUACACCAUCGUCACCAUGACCACGCUGGGGUACGGGGACAUGGUUCCAAAGACCAUCAUGGGGAAGAUCUUUGGCUCCAUCUGUUCUCUGAGUGGUGUCCUCGUCAUCGCUCUCCCUGUCCCCGUCAUCGUGUCCAACUUCAGCCGGAUCUACCACCAGAGCCAGAGAGCUGAGAAGAGACGAGCUCAGAAGAAGACCAGACUUGCUAGGGUGGUGGCGGUGAAGAGUGGAGGAGCUAGCGCUUAUAUACAGUUCAAACAGAGCCGGAUGCCGGGUGGCACUACUGAGGAGGCGUCUAAGGAGGCAGGUCAGGUCCUGGUCUGUCACAACAACCCCAGCUUUGACGUCCAGCAUCACCACCUCCUGCACUGUCUGGAGACCACCACGAACCACGAGUUUGUGGACGAGAAGACGUUUGAGUCGAGCUGCAGGGAGGUGACUCUGGUAAAGCAGGUCUCCUCCUCCUCCUCCUCCUCCUCCUGCUCCUCCUCCUGCUCCUCCUCCUCGACCCGUGGCCUCACCUCCUGCUGCAGCCGACGGAAGAGGAGGACCUUCAACGUCCCCAACUCCAACGUGUCCGUGGGUCUUCAGGGCAGCGUCCAGGAGCUGAGCACCAUCCAGGUCAGAGAGCGACUGCUCACCAACAGUCGAUCCAGUCUCAACGCUAAGUUUGAGGAGACGGUUCCUCUGAACUGCAGCCAGCCCCACAUCACCACACCUGGAGACGACAACCCGGCCAGCGACUCCUCCCAGGCCACCAUCGUCCGAGUGUCCUCCCUCUAGACCCCAGCUGACUGGGGGGGGGAGGGUUUGGGGGCAGAUAUAAACCUGUUCUUCAUUUUCUGUUUGAAAGGAUUUAAAUAAUUUUUACCCUGUCAGUCAGGAGGAGUCAAAACGUUGGAUCCAGUCCCAUGUGUCGCUAGCAGAGCAGGAGUUGUUCUGGAGUCUGAAGGAAACAUGAUAUUUUAGGAUCUGAAGGGAGAAAAUAGACAAAGAUAUAUUUGGAAUAAACACUGGAAGCACAACUGUUAGCUUAGCUCAUACUGAAUCAGCCCCAGUCACCACUGUUUCAAACCAGAGGAGCUAACUAUGAGCUAACAGAGCUUUAUCUUAACCUUUACAAACUGCUAGCAUUAGCAUUAAGCUAAACUUCCUCUCAGAGACAAAUCACCACCUGUUUCAAGAACAGCGUCUCAUUUUCUAUAUUUCUAUCGAGCAGUUGGAAGAGAAGGUAGCAUGGGAGAUGUAGCUGUAGUCGCUGUGCUAAGCUAGGCUAAAGCUAACCAAGUCUAUGAAGGAUUAAACCUGUUCUAAUGAGAACAUCUGUGACCCUCCACAUGUUCCAGAUGUUCCUCUGAGCUCCUUCAACAUGACGUGAGGUUCAUUUGUUCAUGGACUCGUUAACGGCUGCAGCUGAAGACACUGAGGUCAUUUAGCUCCUAAAUUAACUCUUUUUUUAUUUCUUGUUUGUAUGAUUUACUUAUUUCUUUAAACGCCCCCGUGGUCCGUGUGUCGGCUGCAGCCCUGAACCUGACCGAGGAGUCUUUGAUUUAACUCGUAGAAGAAGAAGGGGAGGAGGACAUUGAGCAUGCUCAGUAGCUGUGUUUGCAUGGAUCCCAAGAACCUGGAACUCCUGUGCAUGCACAUCUGGUUGAAGUUGGCUCGAUUCAGGUUCAGGUUCAGGUUCUGGUUCUGAAUCUGUGUUUAAGGUUAGUUUCUAACUUUGUUUUUAUCUGACAGCACAAUUUAAAUAUAUAAAAAAAAAGAUGGGCACAAGACACCAGAUGAGGCGUCUAACGUUGGUGUGAGCAGAUAAACCUGGAGUUUCUGUCUGUUCUGAGGAGAAUGAAAGUUUCCUGAGGUCUAGAUGUGUCUGGAUUAACUCCAUCCUCCGUCACUGCUUGACUGUACGUGACAUAUGCAACUCACCUUGUUCUAUUUCAUUUCCCUGUUUGUGUUUUUGUAGGAGGACGGGUCCAGAUUUAAUAUUUUUGAGGACUUAUUGUUGAUUUGUGCUUGGAAAAGAAAGACAUGAGGAUUAUUCUUAUUAUUGUGCUGUAGUUGUGCUUAGUUGUGGUAAAUGGUUUCUAGUAUUUUCUAUGAUUUGAGGGUUUGUAGUGUUGUAUGUUCUGUUUACAUUCCACAUGAUAUUUUUCUAAAGUGACAGCAUGCAGACAGGAACAGACGAUUAUUACUUUCUUACUGCUUGUGUUAUAAAAUAUAAAUCUAUGAACUCAUGAGAUGUUAAAAAGAGGAGCUCAUGGUUUUAGUCUGGUGCAGUGUCUGAGUCACUAGAAUAAAAACUUUGUCCUAUUAAAACUCA